UGCCAAUUUAGAUUCCAUGUUUAUAUGAUUGUGUGGAAUGCCGGACCUUGUUGGAAACGACUUUGCCAAGGGUUCCCUUUGUCAAUCUUAAUGCUCAAGACGCAGCCUUUUCUGCCAUACAAAGUCUAUAGUAACCACACCAAAUAGCCAAAUUUUUCUGCAGGUCUUCCGCAAGUAGCACCCCGCAAGAGAAACACAAAUGGAUUAUCGGCCCCUACCACAAGAAUAAUUCAUGAUUACGAGUCUGCCUCUCAUUGCCGAUUUUGUAUUUCUGACAUUGCGAUAAUUUUCCCCACUCCACCACACUUCAUGGCCCUUUCCCUCUAGCUUCAUUCCCAUCUGUACUUCUCGCACCCAACCCCAAAAUCCUUACACACCUCCCUGCCCUGCGCCUUCACAUUCUCCACAACCCAAAGCCUCGAAUUCGAGAAAACAAAAACUUUUCCCGGCGCAAACGCAAAAUUAUUACUCGUCUCCCCAAUGAAUAUUUUCCCAAGCAGGAUUCCCUCCGGAUUCCAUACAUGCACGCCAUCCCCAGCACCGGCCCAAACAUUGCCUUCCGUGUCGCAAUGAAUCCCAUCCGGAAACCCAAUAUCUGAGAAUGCGAAGGUCCGGCGAUUGGUGAGCCUCUUCUCACAAUCGAUGUCAAACGCAUAGAUUGUUGCUGGUCUCGUGCCGUUGAACGCAAAUUGCUGGGCGCCUGUAUCGGUCACGUACAGAGUCUUCAAAUCUGGCGAGAACUCCAGUCCAUUGGGCUCAACGAAUCCAUCGGCAACUACUUGGAUGAUUCCCGUCUGAGGCUCAAAUCGGUAGACUUGCUUGGGCUGAGAUGGCGCUGGCCGGAAAUCUUGGUAGUAUCCAUAAUCUGCGUCGGUGAACCAGAGGUCUCCUGUCACAGGAUGUUGUCGCGCGUCGUUGAUGGAGGAGAAAUUACGGCCCAUGAAGCUGGUGAGCAGAAUUGUGGAGGUGUUGGUAUUGGGGUCGACGGCGACGAGUUGCGAGUAGUGCUCGAAGUCGCCUUCGUCGCAGUAGACUUGCUGGGGAGGUGUUUGCGAUUGGUCUGCGCCGGGAGGGUAAUAUGAUGUUCCCCCAUUUGCUUCCCAUACAUCGGGAAAUUGAGUGCUGGUGAUUGAAUAGUCGUCAAGAGAGACAAUUGUGAUGUUGAUGUUGUCCUCCAAGCUCUGGUAAUUGGAAGUUAUGUAGAGUGAGUUGUCUUUCUUGUUAUAGAUGCCAGCUUCAUGGAAUGCUUCCCACGGAAGAUCGGCGAUUUUGCGAGCUGUGGCAUUUUCUCCUAGGACGGUCUGAAAGUCUGGAUGGUAGCUCAAGAGUGAGAUAACUGGUGUUGUGAUAUUGGUAGCCGAGAGGGUUGUGAAGUAAGUUGCGUCUCUAGCGAGAGCCAGUAGAUCAACACUAACAACCGACAUUGUAGCAAAUAUUGAAGCAGCGAAGCUGAGCAAAACGAGGAUAUACUAUUGAUCUUCGGACUUUCUUCCUAUUUCCUGUCCAGACUCACCUUUUUGUACUUUUUUGUUUUCCGUCCUGACAGCCCUGACGACAUUGGCUGCUGCGGGGUUUGCGGGGUAAAAACAGCGGUGUUUCCUCCGUAGUGGGGCGGCACGUUGACAAGUGCCAUUUAGGGCUUCAGCGGGAGGUAAUGAUCAUCGGGAUUGGAUGAUUUAAUCAGCCAGGACAAUGCGCUACGGAAGACAGCAUCGGUACCUGAAUUUUCUAUGGCUUGUCUGUCGUCAGGGCGCAGCAGCGAAGUGUCAGGAUACAAAAUCAAGUGAACAGUACAGUAAGUCCUUUCAGAUGUCCUUCAGCAUUCUGGGGAGGUAACGUCAAUCCUCUACCAAAGUGAAAAUUGACCGACAUGUGCCCUAAGAUCUACGGUGCGCGCAUUGCCACUCAAGGUCAAUUGUUAGAUGAGGGAUUUCCAGUGGAGGAGGACAACUGCUCUUGACAAGGAAUAUUUAGAGCGAGAGGCCUCAUAUCUUUCCUUGCUGGCAUCCAACUCGUAUGUUCUGAUAUAUGUUUGCCCUACUUGCUGACAUCCACUAUAUCUCAAAUCUCAUUCUGCCCAUCCUCGGCCAGCUCGCCAUCUCAAAUCCAGGGUACAGAACGCAGGAACUCACCUGUGGUCCACGAAAUUCCGUCAAGGGCGAAACAGUCUCAGUCUUCUUAUCCACCGAUCUAAAGACCUGAAAAUCUCACGGAAAUUUCCUCCUCAGAUAUCAGAGAUCCGAGCCUUUUGCCCCUGCUCAACAGGCAGAAAUACAUUCUCGACAAUUUUAUAGGGCCAGUGGACUUUCGAUGAGAGGGCGACUUUUGACACGAGUGCUGAGUUUGAUGAUGGCAGAUCUCAAGAGGGCGUAGCCUUUGUUUAGUGAGGAGAGCGAGCUGUUAUGAGCCUCAACUUGGAGUGUUGAGGUGAGAUGAGCAGUUGGACAUGUUCUGCAGAAAGGAAAGGAACUAGUGAUUGGCCAAAAUGAAGUACUGUAGAGAAGCAAGAUAUUGUUGGUGUCUUGGUAUUGAAUGACGCGAUGUGUGUCAUGUCAACGGGAAAAAUUGGCAAAGGGACUCUGUAUGAACAUCUCUGAGAUACACAGCCAAGGAUUCAAGAAAUUACAAAUGAACAAGUAGACAGACAGUGCAUGAGGCCCUGUGGCUAGCCUAAUUCUGAAUUGCAAACAGGGGAUUUGGCUAUCCAAUAUGUUCGGUCUCAGACUAAGAUCUCGAAUUUAGCUCUUUACAGUUCCCUCCCCAAGACACAACUUGUUCUCUGUGCACGACUCGAGGAGAGAAGCGAAAGUCAACAAGGCGAAAUGUGCACACGUGAUCUCGGGAGCAGCCUAGCUGCCGCUAGUAGUGUCUCCAGAAACACGAUAAGUCGAGAUCCAGACUUGCGUCCUAUCAUUCAACAUCGAAACGUCGUUGUGAAUUGAUUCCGUCUUACCGCUUCUCGAUCCCCUAGGAUUUAGGACUGAAAUUUAGUCACGUGAACGGACCCAAAGCAAAGAUACCUUCCCUCAAGGUACCGAACAUGACAUGGCGCACCUCUCUCGCAGAAAGUACAUGUGCUUCUCCGAGUCUCGUACAACCACACCAUGUGCCGUCAAUAUUGGGUUCUGACAGCAAAACAAACGGGAAAUAUGAUGACCGCGAUAGAGAGUGACGGGGUGGGAAGGCGAGACAUGGUCUCAGACACUCCCGCUGCCCCGGGUACAGCCUGGUUGAGUCUGACAGCAGAAAGAAGGACCUGACUAUUAUUUGAAGACGAAGAAACAGCAGGAGCGGCGCAGUUGCUCGUAUAUCGCCAGUCAGAUCCUUAUUGUUACGUCGAUGACUUCAUCCGCCGAUCCAUUCAAUGAUCCUUCGAGUCCUCGAUUUUGCUUUCGCAAAUUUUGAGUCAUGAGAAGGAAGAGGAGGAGGAAGGAGAACUCAAAUGAUGGGUUGGAUAAGAUCCCAGCCUCAGGGCAAGGUCUCGGGUAGUAAUCUGCAUUUGCACCUGCAUGUCAUCUCAUCCUUUCCCAAUGGGGUUCCCGUGCGGAGUGACGCAGCCGAGUACGCCAUUAUCUAUCUGGGCGACGAUGAGAUGUGUUGUGCCUUGAGGAUGCGUCUCGAGUCUCGCGGUCGUUGGCAUAGAAUAUCGCAGUUCGAACUAUGGUCCAUUCAAAGAUCAUCAACAAAACGUCCCUGUUCAGAUGGCUUGCAGCAACUACAAUACGCAUGUAUGCCAUGCUCUAGACUGGCUACGGAGAGAACGAACCAUGCAGACAGAAAGGCUGUGCGAAUGGGAGGGGAUGAAUCCUGCAUGUUGCCGUCGAGUUACCGUUUAGUUCCCGCCCGACUGGACGCAGAAGCAAAUGCAGAAGCACUUUACUGUCGUCUCGGUGUGAUAUUGGAGAGCACAGGGAAAGGAGAGGAGAGACAUGAGCACAAGGACACGGGAAACUCGACUCGACUCGCCCUGUUUCUCCCCAUCAGUAUCGCUGUCGUCAUCACAUGGCAGGAUGCCCGGGUCGGUGACGGAUGAAGCUGCUGAAGUCUCUCAUCCUCCAAUACCGUGCUGAAGCAGUACAGAGAGUCCUUCUCCUAAGUUCCCUCCGCAAGCCCUCAUCCUGCUGCCCCUCUAGCUUGCAUCGCGGCUGAAAAUUUCCAGCAUCCCAGGACUUGGUACAUCACCUCAGUGGGUUAUUGUCUGUGUCAGCAAUCAUCCUGCCGAGAACUCAGCCAGCAGGUUGCCGCCGGCCACUCUCCAUCGCUGCAGAAGAGGGGCCAAAAGGAUAUCAGCACCAGUGAUCUGAGUUCUGUCAUUGGCCAAUUCACGAGUUUUGGUGUGGCAGCCGUUUGUUCUGCCCGUCUCUGCCGCCUCGAUCCGCUAUUUGGGGAGGUCUCCCAGGGCCCAGCAGUGGUCAGGAUGGACGUCAGGAUGGACUCGGGAGUGGCUGGGCGCUCGGUAUCUCCCCACUUCAGCGUAUUCAGCUUCUCAUCCAUCAGCCCUAACGGCUUCACCUGCAUAAUCAUCCUGUCUUCUGCGGAUCAUUGACUGAACGUUUGAUUGAUUGAUCAAGUCAACAUGCCCAAAGCCAUGGCUCCAGGACAAGAAGUGCUCGAAUCGCAUGUGUCAUCCCAUGUGAUAGAUGGUAGUCAGCACUGGCUCUGAUCUGCUCUCUAUUUCACGUCAACGGCCUCUCAUUCUUUCCAUUCGUUCAUUACAUCUGCACCGUUUCCCUGUGGCUGUCAUAGCUUGUAACGUAAGUCCCAAUCCGCCUCGGUCCCUAUCCCUCGGGUGCAGCUCCCAAAAUAUCCCCUGCGCUGGAUUCAGAUUUAUCCCGCACCACCCUGUGCCCCUCCACACCCUCCACAUCCACCAUCCAACUCGGUGUCUUCAUUCGCAGAGCUCUUUAAUCAAUCGACGAGGCUGUAAAAAAGGUCUUCUCCAGGCACCCUUUCUUAUUUCUUGUAUUAUAUAGCUGGAAGCCGAGGAGGAUCUGGAGAGUUUGGGUUCUUGACUUUGCUUUGGUCCGAGUAAGAAGAGCCGAGCUUACAUCCGCCCCCAACAACAAACCACCGCUUUAAAAAUUUCUUGCAGGCAGUCUUGAUAUAAGGCUGGUAUUCCCACCUCCUUGGGAUGAAGUUCUAAUGUUCAUCGCAUCACACAAUAUGAACGCAGAUCCCGCCAACGCUAAUGCACCACCUAACUCCGAUAAGAUGAGCGACGGAAUCAUCAGCGAUGAAGAUGAGCAUGACUUCUCCAGUUCAAGUCCCAGCAGCAUGUCACCCAGCUUCGAGGAUUUCGAUCGCUGGCAAGCACAUAUCGGCCUCAAAGCCUUUGGCGAAGGACUGAACGCUGCAGCGAGAGCAGUCUUCCCUGUUGAGACAAGGUCACGGUACGCCAAGGUGUACGUACUGCUGGCUAACUGGGCAGAGGAAGAUUCGAACAGACCCGCGCCAAUUGAAGUAUCGAAGGUGUUCAAUGUUUUCAAGGAUGUCUUUCACUUUGAGGUCCAGAUGUUCAGGAUUCCAAGCGAGGACCCCCAUGUUGCUGUCACAAAGAAAAUCUCGGAGUUUGUGGGCCUUGGAGGUGAUAGUGAGGAGCAUCUGAAAAUUGUGUAUUAUGCUGGUGCUUCACAGAUGUCAAAGAACAAGAGAUUGAUGUGGAAUAGUGGGAGGAGAAGUGACAAAUCCGCUGUUGAGUGGACUGACAUCCAAAUUGCCCUCGAGAAAGCCCAGAGUGAUGCUCUGAUACUCCUGGAUACUACCCACACAGUAACUCAAACCUGCAUCCGAGGUAAUGGAGUUACUGAACUCAUUGCUGCUCGAACAUUCAAUGUAAACGCAAAGGAUACUGAGUCAUAUGUCUUCACCAAGGAUUUAGCGAAGGAGCUCCGAGAACUGAGCAAACUACCAUCAUUUUCAAUAGGCAAUUUGUACCACAACAUAUUCUGCCGAGCCCAAAGUCGAAUAACACAGCAAAACGGAGAUGAGAGGGCACCCAUUUACAUACCACUGACACAGGAGGACUCCAAGUAUCCACGCAGUAUCCGUCUCGCCGUUCACAAAGGUAGUGAGAAUGGCUACAGCGAGCCCUCAUUCGAAGUUCAGCAUCCGGAAAGGGCAGGUACCACUGGCAUCUCACCAACACCGUCUUUUCUCCACUCAUCAUCAACUCUACCUGGCGAAGUCCCACGGAUGGCUUUUGCGAUCCGACUCAAAGACGACUUUAAUGUUGGCGACCUCUCAUCAGAUCUGUUCCUCCAGUGGCUAGGGAAUCUUCCCGCAUCCGUUGCAGAAGUUAAGAUGGAAGCAGGAUUCCAUAGCUUCUCCUCUCUCCUCAUCGUGUCUGUCCCGAUCUGUAUGUCGAUAUAUAUGCCACAAGACCCGGCGGUGAUAAGCUUGGGACCAAUCACAUCCUUCAACCAAGUGUUGAACCGAGUCUCGGGGUUCAUGCCUAAGGACCUCCCAACACCCAAACCUGAUGUCUGGGAAUUCGAGAAUCUUCCCCUACCAACGAAUGGCAAGAAGUCUACGAAUGGCGUCAAUGGAGUGCAGACAUCAGAAGUACGAUUCCAGAGGCACCCCGAAAUCAUCGACGAUAAGGAGAAUAGACCACCGCUUCAACGAGGGUUUCCAUCAGACUUAAGCAUCGACAGCGGUUUCGUCGAGCCGAUUGUCCCAAAUGGACUUCGCCAUGGUCAUACAUUGAUUGGUGAGCUUCCGCCCGCGCUGGAACAGUCACACCCAAUCAAUGUCCCAGGACCACACACAAGCGAGCCCAAUGGACCUCAAUCCAAAGCCCACGCAAAAAUCAGAUCAUACACCGAUGAUCCGAACACCAAGCGAUUCCCAAGAAUAUCAAGACCAGUCGAGUUGCUGAGGAAUAGCUACGAUUGUAUUGUGAUUGGCUCUGGAUAUGGUGGUGGUGUUGCUGCGAGUCGAAUGGCUAGAGCGGGGCAAUCGGUCUGUUUGCUCGAGAGGGGGAAGGAAAGAUGGCCUGGAGAAUAUCCUAGCGGCUUCCUAGACGCGUUUAAGAACCUUCAUGUCUCGGGUGAAUUCGCUCCUGGAUUCCUCAAAGGUGCCAUGGUUGAAGGCGGGGAUCCAACAGGUCUCUACCAUCUUAUCUGCGGCAAAGGUCAGAAUGCUUUCGUUGGCAACGGACUCGGCGGAACGAGUUUGUUGAACGCAAAUGUAUUCCUGGAAACUGAUUCCAAGACGAUGAAAAUGCCAUGCUGGCCGAAAGAGUUGCGCAAGCCAGACUCGCUAAGAGAAUACUACGACCGAGCAGCACAUGUCCUUGAGCCAGAGGAGUACCCGAAAGAUUGGCCGGAGCUCCCCAAGUUGACCAUGCUUGAGCGACAAGCUAAGGCUCUCAGCUGGGGCGACAAGUUCAAGAGAGUACCGCAGACGACUCGUUUCAAAGGUGGUCCCAAUAGCACUGGCGUCGAAAUGUAUCCUUCUGCCUUGACGGGAAUGGAUUCUACUGGAGUCAAUGAUGGAUCAAAGUCAAGUACCCUUGUCAACUACCUUGCUGACGCCUGGAACUGGGGUGCUGAGAUGUUCUGCGAAUGCGAGGUGAGAUACAUCAAGAAACACCCAGAUCCGGAAGAAGAGGGCUAUCUGGUAUUUUUUGCCUGGCAUGGAAGUUGCCGGGGAGCUUUUCAAGAACGCCUAUAUGAAGACCUGAUGUGGGUUCAUGCUAGAAAGUGUGUAUUCCUGGGAGCUGGAAGCAUUGGCACGACGGAGAUCCUGCUCAGAAGUAAGAAACUUGGCCUAUCGAUGAGCGACAAAGUCGGUACCGGCAUGAGCGGAAACGGUGAUAUCCUAGCAUUCGGCUACAACACCGACACUGAAGUCAACGCCAUCGGCCGUCAAUAUCCAUCCCCAUACAAACCAGUCGGACCAACGAUCAGUGGAAUUAUCGACUGCAGAGACGAUGUUGAAAAUCCUCUUGACGGUUUCGUCAUCCAAGAAGGUGCUAUUCCCAAAGCUCUCGCACCCCUUUUCCAGACCAUGUUGGAGAUGAUGCCUGGCAACCAAAUACCCACCGGUCAGACUCUCCUCGAGAAAGUGAAGCAUUCUAUCGCACAACAAGGCAGCCGUUUCCUAGGUCCGUAUUACGCGAAAGGCAGUAUCGAGCGCACGCAGGUUUAUUUGGUCAUGAGCCACGACUCGAAUCAGGCAAUCCUGACACUGAAGGACGACAAGCCUGUACUCGAGUUCCUCGGUGUAGGAAGAAGCGAUCAUGUCCAAUACCUGAACGAUGUCCUCAGGCAAGCUACUCAAGCCGUUGGAGGGACAUAUGUCAACAGUCCUUUCUACGCGGCACUUGGUCAGCAGGAAAUCACUGUGCAUCCAAUCGGCGGAGCGUGUAUGAGUAAGACCGAGUUUGGCGAGCAUGGUGUAACCAAUCACUGGGGUGAAGUCUUCACGGGUGAUGGUAAAGAAACGCAUCAUGGUCUGGUUGUCACAGAUGGUGCAGUUAUCCCAACUGCUCUCGGUGUCAAUCCCUUUGCUACAAUUACAGCUCUGGCUGAAAGAUCAGUUGAGCAUGCAGCCAAGUUCCGGAUCAAGCGCAAGAUUGAUUUCGAAACGAAGAAUGACAUGCUAGAUCUGUUUGCUGAGCCACAUCAGUAUGCCGAGGGAAAGAAGGUGCUGCAGCGGAAAGACACAACUGGUAUCAGAGAGGCUAUCAGUCUCGUCAAAGCCACGAGAGAGGCGAAGGCCAAUGGAUUUGGUUUCUCUGAAGUCAUGUCUGGAUACAUCCAUGUUGGGGAAGGGAUCGAAGGUGAUAAAAUUGAGGAUUAUGAGACUGCUGCAAAGACUGCGAAGGGUCUUUGUGAGGAGGCGAGGUUUUUCUUGAGCGUGAAGGCUUGGGAUACGCACACGAUUGUCAAUCGAGCAGAUCACAAAGCUAUGCUUACCGGCACUUUUACAUGUGCUGGUCUUCCUGGCAGUCCAUUUAUGGUUCAGCGAGGAAACUUCCACCUGUUCAAUGUCGAUCAAGAGGCACCCGGUACUCGCAAUCUCACCUAUGACUUCGACAUGACAUCGACAGAUGGCCGAGCAUUCCAUUUCCAUGGACAGAAAAUCGUCGAUUCAUCGGUUGCACUCGGACCAUGGCGAUUUUGGAAGGCAACGUCGACGCUGUAUGUCACUAUUUCGGAAUCAUAUGGGAGGAAGCAAGUCCUAGGCCGUGGAAUCAUGCAAAUCAAACCUUCGGAUUUCUUCUCCGAACUCUUCACAUUGAAGGCUUCUGGAAAGAGCUUCCUUGCCAAGCUUCGCUCUUCAGCAAGCUUCAUGGGAUUCUUUGCUCGACAAUCAAUGGGUCUAUUCCUCGCUCCUUUCACAUGGCAGCAAUACCCAUCCGUGACAUAUACCGGCUACAUCAACGACACUUCACCAGACCAUACAAUCCAGAUCGUCGCCUCGGAUGGCGUCCGCUCACUCCUCCACGUCUGGGAACCCCGCAAUCCAAAAAUCAAAACAGUCAACCUCUUCAUGAUCCCGGGCGCCUCGGUCGACGAGAAGAUCUUUUCCCUCCCCACUAUCGAAGUCAACGCCGUUAAUUACUUCACACGUGCAGGCUACCGCGUCUUCGUCACUGUGCAUCGUAUCUGCCAAUUGAUGGUCGCGGAGAACGACUGGACGACGUAUGACUCUAGGCUUGAUAUUCGCGCUUGCUUCGAGUGGAUCCGCAAGAAACAUGGCCACGCACCCAUCUACACCAUCUCGCACUGCAUGGGUGCAGUAGCUUACUCCAGUGGUCUCCUCGAUGGCACGAUCCCCACGACAUGGGUGAAAGGUAUCUCGACUUCGCAGGUCCUCAUGAACCCCAUCUGGUCGACACUCAAUAUGGCGAAAGUGCUUGCUGGACCAAUCCCGUUCGAUAAAUUGUAUGGCUUGCUUGGGGGGAAAUGGUUCUCGUGCUCGAGUACGACGGAUGAUAGUUAUUUCCAGCAGUUGGUUAACCAGAUACUGAGGUUUUAUCCCGAUGAGAGGGAAGAGAUCUGUAAUAAUGUUUCGUGUCAUCGGUGUUCGUUGGUUUUUGGUCGGUAUGUUACAUCCCCUUCUGCUCAUUCUCCUUUUGCUUCCAUCUUUCAUACUGACCAGUCUACCAGCCUUUGGAACCACCGCAACCUAAACGAAGCCACCCACCGCCAAAUCAACCGCUUCUUCGGCGGCGUCAACAUGACUCUCCUCCACCUUCUCAUGCGCAUGGGCUACCACGGCCACGUAACCACAAACGGCCCACUCUUUGCCCCUCUCACCACCCCUCACAAUCUCCACCGUCUCGAAAACAUCCCCAUUCUCUUCUUCUCCGGCGCAGACAAUAAAGUGCUCACGCCUGAGAGCACGGACAAGAGUUACAGUACGAUGAGGGAUAUGUUUGGUACCAGGGAUUAUAGUAGGGUUGUUGUGCAGGGAUAUGGGCAUCUGGAUUGCUGGAUGGGGAGGAAGGCGUAUAGGGAUGUGUAUCCGAUGAUUAGGGAGGAGGUUGAUCGGGUGUGUAGGGGGGAGGGGUACAGAUACACGGAGCCGGAUUGGGAGAAUGAUUGGGAGGGGUGGAGGGAUUUGCCGCAGAGUGGUGGAGCGGUGACAAUUUGAGUUGUAUGAUGUUGUGCGUUGUGUUUGAUGCCUUUUCUUCGAGUAGGAUAGCUUUGGUUUGUUUUUGACGUUGAUGUCUUGAUAGGGUAUGCUUUUGAGCGGGAGUCAGUGAGGAAACAAAAGAUGGAUUUCUAGGUUGUGUUUUAUGGGAGUUUGGAUUUCUCUUCACUGGAUCGGGGAAUCUGAAUAUCGAUACAGCCCUCUGGUUUCUGGGUUAUUGGUUCUACGGUUGGACAUUCGCGUUGUAAUUUCUAGUUUAUACAGGGAUUUGGAUAUUUUUCUGUUACUUGGUUGUUCGUCCUAAAUAUAUUUCAAUUGAUCAGCAUCACACUUCAUUUUAACUUUUCCAUUACAGUUCCACAGCGCGAGCAUCGAGGAGUUCUGCGAAUAGGAGAUGUUUUAGUAUGCAGAAGGGAGUAGUUUAGAAAUGCGGUAGGCUUAAUAGUCG